GUUUACACGUUUGGUCAAGAUUCUUUUACUGCGCUCAUCGCGAAUUCAAAUGCCCUGGGCUUUAUUAUCCACCAUGGCACAUUUGCUUAUAUUUCCACCCUUCAUAGUGGUGGCCGCUUAUCUCGUCUAUCUCGUCUAUCGAUACUCCAUCAGAAACGAUGCGCCCAGACUGCUUCCUCCGGGGCCGAAAUCAUUACCAAUCCUCGGCAGCAUCAUGGAUCUUCCGGAAAAGGCCCAGCCUGAGUUCCAGCAUUGGCUUAAACAUAGGGAACAGUAUGGGCCGAUUAGCUCCAUGACCGUGCUGGGCAGGACGUUUAUCAUACUGCAUGACCGGCAGGCGGCGCACGACAUCUUGCAGAAGGAGUCGGCAAAGUCUUCAGAUCGACCGUGGGCGGAGUUCGCCUUUUCGCUCUGUGGUCUUAGCGAGUUUAUGGUCAGCCGGUAUGAUGCUGAUUUCCGCCACAGACGCAAGCUUUUCCACCAGCAGUUAGGUACGGCAAAGUUGGCAGCACGAUUUGACGAUGUUCAAGAAGUGGAGACACGUCGGUUUCUUCUUUGUGUGUUAAAUAACCCAGAUGCAACAAUUAAGCAUUUGAAGUACGCAAUGGGUUCUAUCAUAUUGAAGAUGACAUAUGGCUACUCUGUUGAGCCGGAUGGCGUGGAUCCGUUGGUCAAUCUGAUCGAACAGAUGACGGCCAACUUGGUGAAGGCCACAGUCCCGUGGUUGGUGGAUUUCAUCCCUGCCUUGAAACAUCUUCCAGAUGGCUUUCCCGGCUCUGGGUUUAAGGAAACAGCCCGCAAGUGGAAGAAAAUCAAUCAAACCGUGGUGAACGUACCAUACAUGUUUGUUCGGCGGCAGAUAGCGGCAGGAAACUGUCGACAAUCGUAUGUUUCCCGGUUGAUUGAGGAAUGCAAAAAUGGUGAAACGGACUCCAAGCUUCGUGGCGAUGAUGAGGCCGCAAUUAAACGGACAGCUGCAGCCAUGUAUGCUGGAGGCGCAGACACCACCGUGACCGCUGUGACUAGCUUUAUUCUAGCCAUGGUUAAGUUCCCGGAGGUGCAGCGAGAAGCGCAGGAAGCCAUCGACCUAUUGAUCGGUAGUGAUAGGCUUCCCAACUUAGCAGACCGAGCGAAACUACCAUACGUCGAAGCUCUUGUGAAAGAGGUUUUUCGAUGGUCGCCUAUCGCGCCGCUAGGAAUUCCUCAUGCAAUGUCGGAAGAUACGGCGUACGGUGGAUAUCUUAUUCCGAAAGGGGCUGUAUUGGUGCCUAUGAUAUGGUGGUUCUUACACGAUCCUAACGUAUAUGCUAAGCCGGAUUUGUUUAAUCCUCAGCGUUUCUUGGAGCCGCAGAAUGAGCCUGAUCCAAAGACUAUACUAUUCGGCUAUGGGCGCAGAAUAUGUCCUGGGCGGUUCUUUGCUGACGCUAAUGUCUUUGUACUCGUCGCCCAGAUACUAGCCGCUUUCAAUAUUAGGAAGGCGGUCGAUGAGCAUGGUAACGAAAUUGAGCCUACGCUUGAGCUUCAUCCAGGAUUACAUAGCCAUUUGAGGGAGUUUCCUUACAAGAUUGAGGUGAGGAGUCCGAAACAUGCAAGCCUUGUUAGGCUUAUUGAAGUCGAGCAGCCCCGGCGGGAAGGCGACAGCAAUCUUCUUGAUAAUGAUGCGAUAAAGGAGUGUCUAGGUCAUCAAGGAUAGUGGGGGGAGGAGGUAACCUGAACUGAGUCUUCACGGCUAUACCAAAAGCUUGCGCACUCGUUUACUAGCCGUAAGGCAAAAUGAAUAAGAGUACCUAGGCAUUUAAAGACUUAUGUUGUUAUAAUAUUACCGGACAAAUGCCCUGAGUUUACGAAGGGUUAUUGUGUCGCGUUUUUGCCCGAAUUUAUGAGGGUUAUUGUCUUGGGUCACGUUUUUCAAAAGAGGAAGUUCGUCC